UCUAAGGGGCUGAGGAAAAAAAAAAGGCAGCUACAAGAAGUGCUAUUGAUGUCGAAUAAGGGAGUUGCUCUUUUCAUGCAGCUACAUUUGCAAAUACUGGAAUUACAGCUGUUAUCAAGUACCACUCAGAAUCACUUAAAGGCGUGUGCCAGAGACUAGUCAUUGGGACGACUGCUUUUUACAGGGAGUCUCUUUUUACACCUGCUAUCAGCACAAAAUGGAACCCAAUAGCCCUAAAAAGAUACAGUUUUCAGUUCCAGUAUUUGAGAGUCAGUUGGAUCCUGAGGCAUCGGAACAGAUAAGAAAAAGAAGACCGACACCUGCAUCACUGGUUAUUUUGAAUGAUCACUCAUCCCCACCAGAGAUAGAUGAGAAGAGGAUCAGCACCACACACGAAGAAAAUGUGUCUCCCAAACAGAGAAAGCAAAGUGUGUAUUCUGGCCCAAACAUGAAAGGUACUGUUCAGUUUGUUCAUUUAGUUACAGAGCGUUCCCAGCAGCAAAAUAUACCAAGACGGAAAGACACCCCAUGUCACAAUGACAUACCAUUUAUACCAGGGGUUAAACAGAUGAAAAAACAGAACAAGACCUCCUUUCCCGAAGAAGAAGAAGGACAAAAUGACGAAGAGUGUGAUCACUGAAAAAAAAAAAAGAGUACGAAAUCUCUGAUGGGAGUUUUUUGUAAUGUAAAUGGACUUUUACCUGUUCUACAGAAAAUCUCAUUGAAGGGCAUAUUAUCUUUGAAGGCAUUUUAUAUCUCAGUACACCGUAUGUUUUAAGAAAAGGUUUCUAUACUAGUUGUGGUCCAUGGCGCAACUAUCUAAAAACUUCAUAAUCAACUACAGUAUAGGAAUAGGAAAUCAUUCCACGUCAAAAUUCUAAUUUCGUGCAUUUACUGUUCGCCAUUUAACUGUAUUACUACUACACAUUUGCUAAAAGAAGUUUGCAAUGAAUUAAGUCUGUAAAUAUAACUAAUUAAUUAAAUCAGCUACAUAAAUAAACAUUUAGAGAAAAUGGAAA